AAAGUAACAGGAAACAGAGAGAGCUGAGAAGCUGACAUUCUGCGUUGUCAACAUUACAACUAGCCAUCCUCACCAAAGCUGUUCUUUGAUAGCCAUCCUCAUCAAAGCUGCUUUAUUUCUAAUUAAAAGCUCUACAGCAAGAAGCAGCUGCAACUGUAGAACAGUCAACAUCAAAUAUUCUACAAAACAGCUAUUCCAACCACAAUGAGUACUGAAAGUCUGCCGACCAAGUCAGAGGUGAUGGGCUGGAACUGUGCAAACUUAGCUGACUAUCUAAAAAAAAUGAGACUGUUGGGGUGUGACAGAGUGGUGAAGAAAAGUAAUAUGAGUGGCGCAAGAUUCUUGAAUAUGACUGAUAAGGAACUUAAGAAGUUCCCCACAGCACAUAUACCAUAUAUCACAAAGAUAUGCAAAGAUAUUAACCAAACUAACAAACAAAGGAAGAAUCCAUUUAAUCGAUCAGAACAUCUGAUGCCUCCAAACCAAGAGCCUAAUGUUGGAGGUUGGGAUUCUGAUGAAUUUGACCAAGAAGAAAGUGACAGUGAAUAUGAACAGCCAGAUAACAACGACCAUGAUGACAAUUACAUAUGUGCAGCCUCACGCGAUUUAGAGGAAGAGGUGAACAGUAAUGACGACUAUGAACCACCACCUGCUGAAAUAACGUCUGACAUACCGAGUCACUUCCGCGUUGCUAAGCCUCUGGGAGAUGGUGAUUAUUUGGAUAGCGCCCCUCGUGGUUCAUGUGACCGGACUACAAGGCAAAAUCAAGACAAUAGGUCUGCAUCCCUUCCCAGAGUCCCUAUGAAUAUAUCUAAGCCUCCAUCACGACUGAAUCCCUCUCCACAAAGGCCUUUCGUGCCCCCAACCAAACCUGAUCCAGCUGUGCCAGUGAUAGAUCGCAGUAAGAAACCGGGCUUAUCUACUCUCUUCAAAAAUGAUACUGGCAGACCAGCAAGAAGCAAUCCUUUAAACGUGACUAACAGCUUACCAAUGGCCUCAAAAGCAGUGAUAUUACCCAACCAGAUAUGUAACUCCCAACAGUGGGAGGAGUUUCCGCCCCCUCCUAUACCAUCAAAUGUGAUGAUGGAGCAGGGCAUGGAUCCACAGUGGUACGUGGGGCAAAUGAAACGAGGCGAGUCAGAACUCUCCCUCAGACAAGUGAAUAAAGAUGGCACUUUCUUGGUGAGAGACAGCUCAAAAGGAGGCAAAGACCAGCCAUAUACACUUAUGGUGCUGCACCAACAAAAAGUGUACAACAUCCAGAUCCGUUGCCUUGGAAACAACAGUGGUUAUUCCCUGGGCACAGGCCUAAAUGGCAUAGAGAAUUUUUCCAGUGUUAUGGACAUGGUCACACACCACAUGAAGACACCACUGAUUCUGAUAGAUGCAAUGGAGCGUGGAGCUGGACCUCAGCGACAGUGCUGUCUCAUGCACCCAGCAGGCUUCUGAGCCAGACAGUAGACAUGCCAUCUACACAAUUCUGACUGGGUUCCAAUGUGAGGCAGAUUUGGAAUUCAAGGCUUUGUGGAAAAUGCACCGAUUAUGAUGUGUUUCAUCGCCAGGAUAUUUAUACACUUAAAAAAAAAAACAUAACUAGAAAGCUAUACUAAUAAAUCAUAUUCAGUAUAAUUCAAUCAGACAAGUCUGAGUACAUUUUUUCAAGCAGAGGUACAUGUUUAAAACAUUUCAAAGUUUUUAAUUCAGAGGUAAUAUUUUCAUUUUAAUUGUUCACUUGUCUGUUCUAAAUUAAAUUGUUACAUGCACAAUGAAAUGCCUUUAGUUUUAAUUCUAAAUAUGUGCUCUCAGAGUUUGUUAAUGCUGCUUAUGAAAUUGUGCUGUUAAAGGGACAGAGCACAUAUUAUAGCUGAAUCCACCCUACAAAUCUACUUAAUUUGAGUUACUUCUUUAGUCUCCCAUCGUCUCAGCUCUGCUCAACCACGCUGGGGUGUCCAUGUCGGUCUGAAGUCAUGCCAUUUUUUUUUUUUUUUUUGUGAAGCACACAGUCAGGUUACACUGCAGAAGCUGGAUUUUCACUGAAAACAAAGAGUAAAGUGGUUGAACAUGCAGCUAGAAGAACACCAAAAGCACAGACCACUCUCAUUCUCAUUCUCAUUAUGACUGACUAAAACUAGCACAGACUGGCUAUGUUUACUAUAAUUAGAGUAUAUACACUGGCAGCCAAAAGAUUGGAAUAAUGUACAGAUUUUGCUCUUAUGGAAAGGAAUUGGUGCUUUUAUUCACCAAAGUGGCAUUCAACUGAUCACAAUGUAUAGUCAGGACAUUAAUAACGUGAAAAAUUACUAUUACAAUUUGAAAAAAAAAAAACUUCUUAAACUACUACAAAAAGUUCUCAUCAAAACAUUCUCCAUGUGCAGCAAUGACAGCUUUGCAGAUCCUUGGCAUUCUAGCUGUCAGUUUGUCCAGAUACUCGGGUGACAUUUCACCCCAUGCUUCCUGUAGCACUUGCCAUAGAUUUGGCUGUCUUGUCGGGCACUUCUCACGCACCUUACAGUCUAGCUGAUCCCACAAAAGCUGAAUUGGGUUAAGAUCCAUAACACUCUUUUCCAAUUAUCUGUUGUCCAAUGUCUGUGUUUCUUUGCCCACUGUAACUUUUUCUUUUUGUUUUUCUGUUUCACAAAUGGCUUUUUCUUUGCAGUUCUUCCCAUAAGGCCUGCACCCCUGAGUCUUCUCUUUACUGUUGUGCAUGAAACUGGUGUUGGGCGGGUAGAAUUCAAUGAAGCUGUCAGCUGAGGACAUGUGAGGUGUCUAUUUCUCAAACUAGAGAAUCUGAUGUACUUAUCCUCUUGUUUAAAUGUACAUCUGGCCUUCCACUUCUCUUUCUGUCCUUGUUAGAGCUAGUUGUCCUUUGUCUUUGAAGACUGUAGUGUACACCUUUGUUAAAUCUUCAGUUUUUUGGCAAUUUCAAGUAUUGUAUAGCCUUCAUGCCUCAAAACAAUGAUUGACUGAUGAGUUUCUAGAGAAAGCGGUUUCUUUUUUGCCAUUUUUGACCUAAUAUUGACCUUAAGACAUGCCAAUCUGUUGCAUACUGUGGCAACUCAAAAACAAACACAAAGACAAUGUUAAGCUUCAUUUAACAAACCAAAUAGCUUUCAACUGUGUUUGAUAUAAUGAAAGUGAUUUUCUAGUACCAAAUUAGCAAUUUAGCACGAUUACUCAAGAAUAAGGUGUUGGAGUGAUGGCUGCCUGAAAUGGGGCCUGUCUAGAUUUGAUCAAAAAUGACUUUUUUCAAAUAGUGAUGGUGCUGUUUUUUUUACAUCAGUAAUGUCCUCACUAUACUUUGUGAUCAGUUGAAUGCCACUUUGGUGAAUUAAUGUACAAAUUUCCUUCCAAAACAGCAAAUCUGUACAUUAUUCCAAACUUUUGGCCGCCAGUGUAAAUAGGAGCAUUCUCUUAUGUAUUAGACAAAGGCUGCUGCUUAUAUAUAUAAACAAGGAAACCUCCAAUAAGUCCAUUAUCACAUUGCAGUAAUCAAUCUAAAAUAUGGCAGUUGCAAGUCAUAAUCACCCACUAAAUGAAACAACAAUCCAUUUCUCUCCCUUGUACAUCAUAGAUGUGAAUAAGUGUCAAAUUAUACAUUGACACUUUUUUAUGCAUAACUGGGUAUACAGGGCAUGAAACAAGAGAUUUAGCCAACAUGUUUUAUUGCUCUGCUUAAUGGCUCUAUGACAUAAUAAAACACAUUAAUGACAGCUGAGUCUUGAGGAUUCGGGGGAGGUUCAUCUGAGUGCUAAUAUGUUUGUAUUAUAUCAUAUCAUAUCUUUGACUCCUCACUAACUGAGGCCCUUGGCGUUUUCUUCAAAAAUGUGUUCACACAAUAACCAUUUGAAAGCUACCAGAAGAAUUUCUGCCAACACUGUAAGUAAAUCAACUAUCAAACGGCCAGCACAUUAAAGAAUUGUCAAGACGUGUGUGUUGAGUGGACUUUCAAAACUAUUAUUACAUUUAUUUUAUAAUACUAAUGUAAAUCAACAAAAUGCUGGGACAACCAGGUCCAACAGUCAAUAGAAUCACUGAAAAUAUAUAGAAUAAUGCUAACAAAAAAUAAAAAUGUCUUUACUAACAUUACCUUCCAAUUGGUCCAUCAAUUCGGACAUUAAAUCCAGCUGUUUCAAGAUAUAAUCAAGGCCAGCGGUGACUCUGUUCACUGCUCUGUAUGGCAUUUCCCUCAGACUCCAUCAGCAGGUCUGUCACUCACAGACACAAGGGUUUAUGUUUUUUUAUUUAUUUGUUUAUUAUUAUUAUUAUUAUUAUUAUUAUUAUUAUAUUACCAUUUAAAAGGUAGUCUUCCAACUAAAAGGGAUGACACACAUUAUAAUUAAAUGUAAACAAUGGGAGACACAGCUGUUCUUUAAAAAAGCACAUCAGUAUAGACCAUUUCAAGGACUGUUCGUUGGUGACGUCAAGUGACAUCAAUGUUCCAUAAACAUUUCCUGCUUGUC